AUGGCGUCCACGAUGAGGGCCUGGCAGUACAACAGCACCAAAGGCGGCAUCGAGAAGAACCUCCAGAUCAAUGAGGCCGCGCCACAACCAGUGCUUCAUGAUGAGCAGAUUCUGGUCCAAGUUCACGCUAUGGCGAUCAAUCCUGUCGACCACAAAGUCACGGAAGGGCCAAUGCCUCUGCGACUUGUCGGCUCCGACAUCACCCCCGGUGCCGACUUUUGCGGCAAGGUCGCCAAAGUAGGCAAGAAAGUCGACGAGUACCAGAUUGGCGAAUUCGUAUUUGGCGCAAAGGUUGGUGCGCUGACGGGAGGAAGCAUGGCGCAAUACGUAGCCGUGGAUAGACAAAUGCUGGCAAGAUUACCAGAAGGCGUGAAGGUCGAAGACGCAGCAGGCGUCGGCAUCGUGGGGCUGACCGAAUACCAAGCCAUCGCUCCAAACGUCAAGAGCGGCGACAAAGUCUUCAUCAACGGCGGCUCAGGCGGGACCGGUGUGUACGGCAUCCAAAUCGCGAAAGCGCUGGGUUGCCACGUGACGACCACCUGCUCAACGCCCAACGUCGAUCUCUGCAAGAGCCUAGGCGCCGACGAAGUCAUCGACUACAAAACUAGCGAUGUUAUCGACACUCUCUCCUCCAAAGGCCAGACCUACACCCUCGUCGUCGACAAUAUCGGCACACCACCCAACCUCUACAAAGCCGCCUCCACUUUCCUCACUCCAGCCGGCAAGUUCGUGCAAAUUGGCUCGGCGAUGAGCGUUGCUAGCAUCAAGAAUGUGGGCUCCAAUAUGCUGUUGCCGGGAUUUCUGGGCGGCGGCAAGAACAGCUAUCAGUUGUUGAUGGCGAAGCCGUCGUCGGAUGCGCUGAGCCAGAUUGGAGGGUGGAUGAAGGAGGGGAAGGUCAAGGCUGUGGUUGAUGAGGUGUUUGAAUGGGAGGAUGCGCCUAAGGCGUUUGAGAAGUUGAAGACGGGGAGGGCGAGGGGUAAGAUUGUGGUUAGGGUGCCGUUGGAUUUGGAUAAGGCGAAGGAGAAGGCUGAGGCUCAACUCCAAGCGCCCGAACUUUCUCUUCCAUUUCAAUCGCUACCGCCAUACCACGAUCAACGCGAGACCGCCAAGAUGGCCCCUCGAAAUCCACUCAAGACCAAGGCUAAGGCAAUCUCAUUCAUUAUACAGAAGCGAAGGGAUAAUCAAGAGAUGAAUAGUGUGAAUGACAAAGAGAUCGAAGAGCUUGAGACUAAGCUGCGUGCACUUCAAAGCACGCGAAGCACACUUCAGCGCAAGAAGCGUAGCUUGGCUACCAACUUCGGCAAGUCAACUGAUGACUACACCUGCACGUUGAACCGCCAGUUCGCCGCUGAGAUGUUCGAACGUCUCUCUGCCCGCGAAGUGCGAGACAUGGUUUACUUCCAUCUCAUGGGUGGCGCUCCAGAUGUCAGCAUCAUUCAACGCGAGAAAGACCUGCCCGAUAACGAAGGGAACAAAUACUACCUCCACGUUGACCACAGUGACCGUCGCGGCCAGGCUCGCGGCCUUGACAACAAAUUUGAGCACUAUUUCAGGGAGAAGUAUAUGGGAAAGGAGUUUGUGGUCGAACUCGCGGAAGAGUUUAAUACGUACGCCUCCUACAAUGUCUGGCACAUCGAUGACGUUCCCUUCCUACUUAGUGUUGGCCCCUUGAGGGACGCGCCCUUCCGACCCAUCGACUUCCUCCGAACGCUCUCGGUCGACAUAUUCAUCCCCAUCCCCAACCAUUUGGUCCCGCCUGACCGGGACUAUGUGGAUCUUGCGCAACGUCCCCGGGACUAUGUGAUAGCUCGCCACAUGACAGCAGAGGCUAAUAUAAAGAGGGAACGCUUCGAGAGCCAGGUGAGUUGGCUUGGCGAUCUCGCGGCAACAGCACAAGUUUCCAGAAUGAGCGUCACACUUAAUGUCAGUGUGCGGACGAAGAUUGCGCUUUACAGAUACAAAGCUGUGCUGCUCCCGCAUAUCCAAACGCUUGUCGAAAAGGAUUGCAAGGUCGUUGUUUCGUACGAGAAGCGGGGCAGGAACGUUUACCCCCAGCCGGCGGAUACGGAAACAGUUACCUAUGAUCGGAGCAUGUUGCUGUCAGCGGGCCAGGUGGAAGUUGCUAUCGCCGCUCCUUUCGAAAGCCCCCCUGACAAACUUACUCUAGAAACCUUAUUUCCCUAA